UGUGCGACAAAACAGGAAACGUGUGUCUUGCUGACUCCUUCACCAUCCUCAUCUUGUUGUACAGGGUUGUCACCAACUUGUGAACAAGCCAGUCAUAUUUAACAAGACAUGGCUGCGUCUAACUAUUCCCUGAAGGUCAACAGAGACCUGCUGGACCCCAACUUUGAAAGCUACAGGUUGUCUUUGGACGCCAUACCUACCUACAACGUGGAGCUGGAUGCUGCUGUGGAGGAAGUGAAGCUGAAGGAUACUCAGUAUACCCUGGAACAUAUGCGUGCUUUUGGCAUGUACAACUACCUGCAUUUAGACCCUUGGUAUGAAGAUAGUGUUUUGUUUGUGGACUGCAAAGGACGAGUUCUCAGUCUCACCGUCACUCUGGACACCGCCCUUGGGAAGCCAAGAGAGGUCUACCGUAUAAGUGCUGAGUCCAGUCAGUGUGAGGAUCGUCUCUGCGCCUCCCUCAGCCUCACCUCCGCGACCUGGGCUGCUCUCUCUGACGGCACCGGGCGACUGCACCUCCUCCGCACCGGCAAGAGAGGGGACAGCUCCCAUAUGAAGUGGGAACAACUGUUCAGUGAAGACCUGGGCGAGCCUUUCACCAUCCUCCACAGCGUCUCACAUGUCCAGGCUGGAGUCCACACCAUGGAGGUCCUGCUGCUCCGCAUCCAGAAAGACCUGCAGGAAGCCAAAGGAAGUGGAUACUCUGUGUCUCUCGAGUGGAUCACAGUCGCCAACACUGUGGGACAUGGUCAGGAGAAGAAAUAUGAGGUGAAGAAGAGGAGGGUCCUCAGGGGGAAGUCAGUGCCUCACUACGCAGCAGUGGAGCCGCAGGGGAAGGGACUGAUGGUGGCCUCGGAGAAACCGUUCAUCUUCACGCAUGUGGACGGUCGUCCUGUGGAGCAGCCCGAACCAGAGCCCAUGGAGGUGGAGAAGACAGAUCCCAUUUACUUCUGGCAGCAGACAGCGGAGGACAUCACGGUGUGUGUGCGAAUGCCCGAGGGCGUCACCAAGGAUGAGGUGCAGUUCAGGCUGACAGCAGACAACAUCAGCAUCGGACUUCAGGGUUUCCCUCCUUUACUGGAAGGCCAGCUGUAUGCGUCUGUAGACCCUGAGGCGAGUGCCUGGAUCAUCAAAAACGACAAAAGCCUGGAGGUGACCCUGCAGAAACGCAGCGAGGGGCCCAUGUGGCCGGAGCUGGUGAUGGGUGACAGGAGAGGAGAAUAUGUGAUGAGCGACGAGCAGGCCGCCAUUAUCCAUGAAAGACUGACCCACCUGACCUCUGAAGACCUUAAUGGAAACCCUGACAGGGACAAGCCCCCUUGUAACUCCCAGGAGCUAGAGGACUGUGAUGGGUUCCCAGAGGACAGCUUCCGCCUCACACACUUUGACGGAGAAUCGCUCAAGCCCACUCAGGUGGUGAACCUAGGCAGCCAUCAGUACCUUUUCACAGUUGACGUGAACCCUUCUGAAAUGCCGUGCCUUUGUCUCCGACAUGAUGUGGAUGCUCUGGUGUGGCAGCCACGUCCUGACCAACCCAGUAACAUGUGGGAGCACAUCGCCACGUUCAACGCCUUGGGCUACGUCCAGGCAUCCAAACGGGAUAAAAAGUUUGCGACCUGCGCUCCAAACUUUUCCUACGCUUCCCUGUGCGAGUGUCUGCGCCGCGCGUUCAUCUACCGACAGCCGUCGCCGGUGGAGACCGUCCUCUUCAACAGGAAGCAGGGCCGUCAGGUAGGACAGGUUGCCAAACAACAGGUGGCCAGUCUGGAUUCUGACAAACCGAUCCUGGGCUUCAGAGCAACCAAUGAGAGACUGUACAUCCUGACCUCCAGUAACCUCUUUGUUUUAAAGGUCAAUAAUAAUUAGAUGUGGGGACUCUGUUAGUUUUUCAUCUGAUUACCCUCUAAGAUUGCGAUCAUUCCAAAUUCAACAUGUGUUAUCUGCUACAACUGAAACAGAAACAUCUGUGAUGAAUUCUGUCGUUCAGUCUCCUUGUUUCCCUUCCCUCCUUCCCUUCCCCUUCCUGUGUGUUGGAAAAUGUUUGUAAGAUCAACAAGUAAGGAACCAUGUUCUGAAGGACAAAUUAUGAUAAUAAACAUUCACAAGCUGAAUUAUUUGUAAAGUUCAUUAAGAAACAUUAUGUCAGUGAUUAAAUAAUAAUGAUCACACUGUUUUUUCAUGAAUCCCAUUUAAUGAUACUGAAUAUUUCAUAUAUGUAAUGCCCUAUUAAUGCUCACUGCAUUAUUAAAUACAUUUGUAAUUCCAUGAA